AUGGCCUCCCGCCCUGCAGACAAUCUCGGAGGCGCAGGGGCUACCGUUCAAGCGGAGGGCAAGCCCGCGCUCUUCACCGUUCAUAGUCCAUAUCGCGAAGCAAAUCCAGAUCAUGAUGUAGGAGAGGGCUGGGAUGACAGUGUCAAGGUGUUUCCCCAGCCGAUCGAGUUUGGCAUGCCACCCAACGAGGUUCACCCAGAUCACGUUGCAUUUCGGAAUCACGACCGCCUUGACGAUGGUCGUCCUGACUGGCAACUCUCCUCGCAAGUUGAAGUGCGCGACCAGCAUUUGAUGGACACUGAGCCCCUUCCCCACCACCCCUCUGUUCUAAAAAUGCGAGAGGGGGGUGAUGAAGGUCCCGGUUUUGACCACAGUACCGUACAAUACUCUCACUUCCUUUGCCUUUCCUCCUCUCCGCCGAGUCAGAUGAAUGACAAGCACCUUUACGGCACCACGCCCUCCCAACACAUCUCUGCCCACCGCUUUCGCGAGGAACCAAAGGAUGUACACGUCGACUGGAACGCAUCCGUCCACGUUGACGAGCCCAAGCCCUUGUUCGAUCUUGCCUUGCCGCAAAAGACGAUUCGGGACAUUGCACGCGAUGACUUUCAGCCCGAUAUCCCAUGGGAUGUCUCUGUGCACCCUGACCCCGAGCACACACCUUAUGCCACCGAGCCCAAUGUACAUAUUAGUCAGCAUCGGUUCCGAAAUGAGCAAGCUGUCGAGGUGGCCUGGGCCAACACCAGCGUCGUGCGUCCGGAGAGCGCGCCAGUCGAUACUACGCCAAACAUACACAUCUCUCACCAUAGCUAUCGCGAUGAGGCUAGCCCUGACAUCCCGUGGGCUGGUUCAGCACACAUUGAGUCGGAGCGCCCAAACUUGGACACAACGCCCAACCGCCACAUAUCCCAUCACAGCUUUCGGGAUGAAGCCUCUCCUGAUGUGGCCUGGCAGUCGAGUAAUCGAAUGGAAGAGACUCCUAUGCUGCUGGACACAGUCCCUAACAAGAACAUUGCCCACCACUCGUUCCGCGACGAGGUCGAGCCUGACGUCAUGUGGGACGGUAGUGGGCGCAUCAACGCGGAGCGCACUGCUUAUGACACCACGCCCAAUGCCCACAUUGCCCACCACUCGUUCCGCGACGAGGUCGAGCCUGACGUCAUGUGGGACGGUAGCGGGCGCAUCAACGCGGAGCGCACUGCUUAUGACACCACGCCCAAUGCCCACAUUGCCCACCACUCGUUCCGCGACGAGGUCGAGCCUGACGUCAUGUGGGACGGUAGCGGGCGCAUCAACGCGGAGCGCACUGCUUAUGACACCACGCCCAAUGCCCACAUUGCCCACCACUCGUUCCGCGACGAGGUCGAGCCUGACGUCAUGUGGGACGGUAGUGGACGUGUCGUUGAGGUCGAGCCUGACGUCAUGUGGGACGGUAGCGGGCGCAUCAACGCGGAGCGCACUGCUUAUGACACCACGCCCAAUGCCCACAUUGCCCACCACUCGUUCCGCGACGAGGUCGAGCCUGACGUCAUGUGGGACGGUAGCGGGCGCAUCAACGCGGAGCGCACUGCUUAUGACACCACGCCCAAUGCCCACAUUGCCCACCACUCGUUCCGCGACGAGGUCGAGCCUGACGUCAUGUGGGACGGUAGCGGGCGCAUCAACGCGGAGCGCACUGCUUAUGACACCACGCCCAAUGCCCACAUUGCCCACCACUCGUUCCGCGACGAGGUCGAGCCUGACGUCAUGUGGGACGGUAGCGGGCGCAUCAACGCGGAGCGCACUGCUUAUGACACCACGCCCAAUGCCCACAUUGCCCACCACUCGUUCCGCGACGAGGUCGAGCCUGACGUCAUGUGGGACGGUAGUGGACGUGUCGUUGAGGUUCGUCCGGAUAUCGACACAACGCCAAAUAAGAACAUCCUUUAUCAUUCCUUCCGAGACGAGGCGAACCCCGAGACAGCCUGGAAUGCGAGUGGUCGCCUUGAUCAGGAACGCCCGCAGCUUGAUACCACCCCAAAUCGCCACAUCGAUCAUCACAGAUUCCGCGACGAGCCUAGCGAUGACGUUUUUUGGGACGCAUCGCCCAAAGUAUCUCAGAGUGAUACUUACGAGACCACACCCAACAAGCACACGGCACUUCAUUCUUUCCGAGAUGAAGCUCACCCGGAGGUGUUCUGGGAUGCAUCCUCACGUCUGAAAUACGAUGAUGUCAAGACCGACGUCACCCCUUUGCCAAAUCAUCCCGAUCAACAUCGUUUCCGCGAUUUGGAUGCUGCUGCUGACCACGCUUGGGACACGUCAACACGCUCUGCUCCGGUGGAGACUGUCAUGGACACAACACCGCUGGGGCGGCACCCCGACCUUCACAAUUUUCGUGUGGUUGAUUCGGAGCAAUACUGGGACAUUUCCACAAAGGUUGCACCAACGGACGAGCUGCAGCAGGAGCGUGUCAAGGCCAGCAUCGCCGUUCGUCGCUCAUCUGAGCCACUUUCUGCCCAAGUGGCCAAGCUGUGCGUCGACCUGCGCCGCGAUCACCUGCUCUCAUCCGCACACCGCACCGAGCGCCGACACGUGCAACAAGCGCAACGUGGGUCACCGGCUGCUAAGACCAUCAAAGCGACUUCGAAGCCCAAGAAACGUGCUUCCAAGUUGCGAAACGUUCAGGAGUCACGCAAGGCCAAGGCAGCAGCGCAGAUGCAAAGUGACAUGGCCACCCUGCAUACGUCAGCCGAGCGUGCCGCCUCAGCCCAACACCGCUUGUCUAUGCACAUUGACGAUGUUCUCGCCGCGAGUGCUGCCGUGGACGAUCAGCUGCAAGCCGAUCGCGAUGCAUAUGAAGCCGAGGUGCUGGCAAGUCACCAGGUGGAGGAUGAAGGGUUGCAGGGUGCCAGUGAGCCUGCCGAGCUCAUGGAUACUGAGUUCUCCGACGCUGACGAGGAUGAAGUUGAAGGGGAACCCGAGUUUAUCGAAGCCAAAUCGGUGGUGCAAGAAGAGGCAUCGAUUGAGCCGGACGCCCAUGCAGAAGAACCGACAGAGGCUUCAACACCAAGCCCAGCAGACGGGGAAAAGCAUGAGCAAGCCAUGGCCGACGAACCCGCGGUGGAGGAUUUUCAGGAGGGUGCCGAGGCGUCUCCACUUUGCGAGGAAGCGAUGUCUGAGCCUGCUGCUGCAGAAGAAUCUUCCCAUGUCGACUCGGAUCAGUCUGGAGAGCUUGAGACUGCUCAGGCAGAAGAGUCCGAGGAAGAGGUUUUGGUCGACGAGACUGCAUCUGCCGAUGUCAGUGCCAGCCCCCAAGUGGCCGAGGAAUUCGAAGUUCAGGUCGUGGACAUGGCGGACUCGGAUUCUGAGCCUGAGGCGGAACGCAGCCUGGCUCAGGAUGAGCUCGCUACUGAGGCACCGGCUUGGACUGCAAACAUACAAAUGGACGAGAUGGCUUCAACCGAGGAGGGCGUUGUUGAUCAAAACAUGAUUCAACUCGAGGACGACGAGCGCCAUCAGGAUUACGAGGUAACCGAGUCCAGCAACCACAUGGUGUCCAUGGAUGAUGAUGACGAUGAUCUGGUCGACAUGGCCUUUGCUGAUGCCGAUUUGUCCGGGUUGAGCGAUGGCGAGGACCGCUCCGCGGAGGAAGAGCCUUUGAAGCAGGAGGAAGAGCCUUCGAAGCAGGAGGAAGAACCUUCGAAGCAGGAGGAAGAACCUUCGAAGCCAGCGGACGUUCUAAUUGAAACUGCGCGUGAGGGUGCCAACGAUGAGGCACCGUCACUGGUCGAGCAAGUCGAUGCACCGACUGAUGCCAAGCUUGCAGAGGACGCGAGCAACGAGCCACGUACCGAGGACUCUACAGAGCCUGCGGUGUCGGAGGACGACGAGUCGAUUGCCCAAGUCGAUGCUUUAAUCUCAGAGGACGAUGGAGCUGUUCGGGUUGACGCAUCGAUUGAAAAGGACGAUGAGGUUGCCCAAGUCGUUGCAUUGGUUGAGGACAAGCCCGCAGAGGGCGAGAGCGAUGAGGAGGCCUCUCAAGAGGACAAGCCCGCAGCGGGCGAGAGCGAUGAGGAGGCCCCUCAAAUCGAUGAAUCUGCCGAGGACGAGGAUGACGAGGAGAUGGGCUUGGCUGAAGAGGCCGCGGCCCUAUUCGGCGUGGCAAGUGCCGCAGCGGAGGCGUCCGCCGCGGCUGAGCAUAGCGACGAGGACGACGAUGAUCUCUUCUCUGACACAGAUCUGCCCGAUGACCUUGAGGAGGAAGAGGCCGCGCCAGCCUCUUCUCGCUUGGACGUCAAGCAGCGCUUGGCGCAGAUCGGCAAGACCGUGCUUGAGGAGUCCAAGAAGGAAGUCACGUCCAGUGAAGACGGGGAAGACGAUGCCUGGGCCAAUGACCCUGCCGCUGCCUCAGAGCAUGCCUCAGACGAGUCCGAUCAGCAUGUCCCCAUCGAAGGCGAGAUGGCUGUUGUUGCUGAUGGAACGACGAUGGCUGCUGCAGACCUGAUGGACUUUCACGAAAUUGUUACGGAUAGCCAUGGCAAACGAUAUGUCCGUUCCAUGGUCGGGCUGGUCCCGGUUGAUGAAACCAAGGUGGCAGCGACUGAACUGGAACAGGCUGCGCCGGAGGCCGAUGGUGCGGCAGCAACCGUGGAGCUACCUGAGCAGGCUGAGCAAGUGAAAGAAGACGAGCCCUCAAAUGCCGAUGAUGUCACCCAAACCACGGGGCCCACGGCGGAAGCAGCCAUCGAUGCUUUGCGCGGUGCCCUGGGUGCCGAUGACACUACUCCAGAAACAAAGCGAAAGAGCAAGUUUUCCAAGCGCGUGGGCAAGCUCUUUGGCCGAGGCAAGAAAUCCAAAUCCAAAAAGGAUGGUGCUGAUGACAAGUCUGAGCAAGAUGCAGAUGCUGUCUCAGUAGCAUCGUCUCAGGUGUCACAUGCGUCGCAAGCAAAAGAGCCGGUGGCUCAGCCUGAGGAGGCAGCGUCUGAGGAAGAGCAGUAUCCCAAGAUCUUCAAUGUUGAAGUGCACAAGGGGUCGGAUCCGUUGGGCAUGAAGAUCAGCGCCAAGAAGGAGGCUGGCGGUGAUGAGGAUGAGUUCUUUCCGCGCAUCACCUUUUUGGAACUAAGUGGGGCGGUAGCUAAAACACACCGUGUUCUAGUUGGCGAUCGCAUCCUCGAGGUGAAUGGCCACUCACUCAAAAACUUAGCGCACAAGGACGUCAUUGCUUAUUUGAAGGAGCCAUCUCCAGUGAUGCAGUUGCAGCUGCGCCGCGAUGCUCCCAGCGUUGCCGAUCAGCUGAUGACAACCUUUGCGGCUGCUUCGGCCUCGUUCAACCCUGCUGAGCAACCCGCUCCAGCUGAGACUGCAGAAAGCACAGCAACACCUGCGGCCGCACCUGAGGCACCAGCAGAUGGUGCUGAUUCCUCCAAGCCUCGCAAGGGCCUAUUCAAGUUUCUCGGUCGCAAGAACAAAAGCAAACACCGAGCGUGCAUUCUGGUGACGGACGGUGACGCGAACGAGCUUCUCUGCUGCCUUGAACCUGUAUAUCUAGUAUUAGCUUCUGGAAGCAAAACGCCUCCGCAGCAGUUAUCGUCAGUUGCCGCGGUUAUGAUUGUCAAGGCUGUUUAUAUGAUGCAGAAUGAUGCAAAUCAUGAAAAGCAACGUUGA